UUAACGUGUUUAUCAAGUACUCGUUCUUUAAUCCAACUCCUUUUUUCUGGAAAAAGCUUUAACCAGAAAACUCCAAAGACAUAUGCUUUGGAGUAGAAGGACCCGACAGUUCCUUUGGAGGUCCCUUUUUCCAUCAAAACGAUGGCAUUGAUCACAAAAUUCAUGAGGUGUUCACCAACGAAUUUGAUUUCAAGUAUUUGGGUUGCGCUUAUUCUGUCUGGCUUGGCAACCGCAGUAGCAGACUUUGAUGGUUUAGGUGUUUGCCUUGGAACGUCAGGAAGCGACAUCCCUGACCCGAAAACUACAGUUCAACUCUUGCACAAGUAUGGUUUCAAGAAAGUAAGGCUUCUGAGUUCCAAUAAUUGGAUGAUGGACGCUCUAAUCAACCAGAACAUUGCCGUAAGUAUUGGCAUUGCGAAUGAAGAAUUACCUAUGCUUGCAGAUACUCCUAGAAACGAUUUAGGAUCGUGGUAUAACCCGUAUGAGAAUGCAGGAACGUGGUAUAACACGUAUGUGAGGCCCUACAUUUCUAAAAUGCCAAUCGAAUAUAUUGUCAUUGGAGACGAUGCGAUUCUCGGUCCCUACAGCGAGUUCCUCAUUCCUGCAAUGAGAAACAUCAUGCAAGUACUCCGGCGUUUUGACCAAGGUAGCAUAAAGGUCACCGUUGCAGUUUCCACAUCCGUUUUGGGAAAAACUUUCCCACCUUCACAGGGUAUCUUUAAGGCUGGGACGAGAAGAAUUAUGGUAGAAGUCCUCCAAGCUAUAGCUGGCUAUAAGUUUUCACCGGUACUUAUGGUGAACGUCUAUCCAUAUCGUUACCAUGCAGCAGGUCUCAUUCGACAAGACUUCGCGACAUUCUCUGCACACAAAGCUGUUAUUCAUGAUGACAAUAAUGAUUAUUGGAACAUGCUUGAUGCGCUGUUAGAUGCAUUUUUUAGUGCAUUGAGGAGAGAAAAUCUGACGGGAAUUCAUUUGGUGGUGGGUGCUAGUGGCUGGCCUUCUGCUGGGAAUGGUAGAUUCACGACUCCCGCACUUGCAGCCACUUACAAUCAGAAUUUUAUGAGACGAAUAGUUAGGCGACAGGGGACUCCGGCUCAACCAACAAAACCCAUCGAUGGUUUUGUUUAUGCAUUGUUCAAUGAAAACAAAAAACCAGGGGGUCCUGACCAACAUUUUGGGCUUCUCAAAACCGACAAAACACCUGCUUAUAGUUUUUUGGUUCCUACUAACUAGCCUGGGAUUUCUCCUUCCUAAACCUCGGGUGCAAGGAGGGACAGUGGCUUUAAUGAAUGUAUUCACACAUGGAACUCCACCAAUAUACUAAUAAAUGUAAAUUCUACAAGAUCUUGAUCUA